GAAAGAAGAACUGGCACAAGUUGUGAAAAAAAACGUGGUUGCGGCCAGUAAGGGGCGACACUGAGGCGCCUGUGUGAGCUUUUCCGUACCAGAGUUACUGCCUCAGUAUCACAUCGCGAUCUCAGUACGGAGCGGAGUGCGGAGCCGAGGGUACCUCAUGCUGCCGUCUUUGUUGUAGGAAACAUUUUAAACCCGUCAGUCCCGAGCAAGAAGGAUACAUCUAUCACGGAUACGCCUAAAAAGCGGGGAAAUAAAAAUAUACAUCCAUGUUCCUGAACGAGGGCUCGGGAGCGCUUUUGCUUGCGCUCCUGGCUGCUUUGCAGGUCUCUGCAGAGGGCAGAGGGACCCCAUUGUGCCAACCUGGAUUUUCGGAAGACUUAUACGACGUGGUCGUCUCCGGGAAUCCCACUGAAGGACAGCCUCUUCUCAGAGUGAAAUUUGUUGACUGUGGCAGAAGCAGACGCCUGAGGUUCAAGACUGGCGACCCGGAGGACUUCCGGAUAGAUGGUGACGGAGUGGUCUACGCCACCAGGAGUUUCCAAAUCCCCAGUGCACGGGCCAUACUUAUUUAUGCCCAGGAUGUGGACACUCAAGACAAAUGGAGGACGAAAGUGAAGGUGACCCAAAGAGGACAGCAGGUGAAGGAGACGCAGGACACUGGUGCACCUGCGCCGAUCCAGGAGAUCACGUUCCCGCUGGGGCACGGGGACGGCAGCGCGGGCCUGGAACGCAGCAAGAGGGACUGGGUCAUCCCCCCCAUCAACGUGGUAGAGAACUCCAGGGGGCCUUUCCCAUCCAAGCUUGUUAGGGUCACGUCCGACCUUCAGAUGAAGCACGUUGUCCGAUACAGAAUAACAGGCCCUGGUGCAGAUGAGCCCCCAGCUGGGAUAUUCAUCAUGGAUCCAGUCUCAGGGGAGCUGUCCGUGAUGAAGUCUCUGGACAGGGAGCAGAGACCUAGCUUUCAGCUGAGAGCUCACGCACUCGACCAGUUUGGGAACCAGUUGGAGAACUCCAUUGACAUCUACAUCAAUGUGAUCGACCAAAAUGACAACCGGCCCCAGUUCGUGCACCAGAUCUGGAACGGGAGAGUCCAAGAUGGUUCCAAGCCUGGCACCCAUGUAAUGACCAUCACCGCCACCGACAAGGAUGACAGCAGAACCUCCAACGGGGCAGUACAGUACAGGAUCGUGGCUCAGAGUCCGAAGAUUCCCACCGACGGCAUCUUCUCCAUAAACAGCGAGAGCGGGAGCAUUGCCACCAUGGUCGGCAGCCUGGACCGAGAGAAAGUUCCGGAGUACACCUUGAUCAUCCAGGCCACCGAUAUGGAUGGCCAUGUGUUACACGGUCUCUCGAACACGGCCACAGCAAUGAUCCAGGUGACAGACGCCGACCUCCCGUCAUCCACCAUGGUGAAGGAGACGCAGGACACAGGUGCACCUCCGCCGAUCCGGGAGAUCGUGUUCCCGCUGGGGCACGUGGACGGCAGCGGGGGCCUGAAGCGCAGGAAGAGGGACUGGGUCAUCCCUUCCAUCAACGUGCCGGAGAGCUCCAGGGGACCUUUCCCGUCCGAGCUUGUUAGGAUCCGGUCUGAUCACGACAAGAAUCGGUCGCUCCGAUACAGUGUCACCGGCCCCGGUGCGGAUCAACCCCCAACUGGAAUCUUCAUAAUCAACCCCAUUUCAGGGGAGCUUUCUGUGACGAAGCCUCUGGACCGGGAGCAGAUAGCCAGCUUCCACCUGAGAGCCCAUGCUGUGGACCUCAACGGGAACCAAGUGGAGAACCCCAUUGACAUCUCCAUCAAUGUGAUCGACAUUAACGACAACCGGCCCGAGUUUGUGCACCAGAUCUGGAACGGGACUGUGCCAGAAGGUUCCAAGCCUGGCACCUAUGUGAUGACAGUUACCUCCAUUGACAAGGAUGACCCCAAGACAGUCAACGGGAUGCUACGGUACAAGAUCCUGGCCCAGAGUCCAGACACCCCCUCCAACAAUAUGUUCACCAUAAACAACCAAACUGGGGGCAUCAUCACCAUGGCCGCCGGUCUGGACCGUGAGAAAGUGCCGCAGUACACCCUAAUCAUCCAGGCCACCGACAUGGAAGGAAACGCAAUGUACGGCCUCUCGAACACUGCAACCGCCUUGAUCCGCGUGACUGACAUCAAUGACAACCCUCCAGAGUUCACCACCUACACGUUCUACGGGGAGGUUCCAGAGAACAGGGUAAACAUCGUUGUCGCCAACUUAAGCGUGACUGACAAAGACCAGCCCAACACACCAGCCUGGAAUGCGGUGUAUAAAAUAAUCGGCGGGGAUCCUACAGGCAGAUUCACAGUCCGCACAGAUCCCGCGUCUAACAAGGGCCUGGUUACCGUUGUCAAGCCUAUCGACUACGAGGUCAGCCGGACGUUUGUGCUAACGGUGAUAGCAGAGAACGAAGAGUUCUUGGCCAAGGGCAUUCACCUCCCCCGGCAGUCAACGGCGACUGUCUCAAUCAGGGUCAUUGACGUGAACGAGAGCCCUUACUUCGAGCCAAACCCCAAGCUCAUGAGGCUGGAGGAGGGCAUGCCAGCCGAGUCGAUGCUAACUGUCUUCACAGCCCAAGAUCCCGAUCGCUUCAUGGAGCAGACAAUAAGAUACUCUAAGCUUUACGAUCCGGCCAACUGGCUGAGGAUCGACCCAGCGAACGGCCAGAUUUCCACAAUGGCUUUGCUAGACAGAGAGUCACCCUACGUCCAGAACAAUUUAUACAACGCCACGUUCCUUGCCUCAGACAACGGCAUCCCACCGGCAAGCGGAACAGGCACACUGCAGAUCUUCCUGCUGGACAUCAAUGAUAACGCGCCGCAUGUGUUCCCCCGUGAGGCGGAGAUGUGUGAGAGGCCUGAGCCCAAUGGGAUUAACAUCACUGCCAUCGACGGGGACAUCCACCCCAACGCAGGACCCUUUGCCUUCGAGUUGAGCAGUCGGCCAUCGACCGUGAGGAGGAAUUGGACCAUCACUCGCCUCAGUGGGAAUUACGCCCAGCUGAGCCUAAGAAUCAGCUACCUGGAGAGUGGCAUCUACGAGGUGCCCAUCAUUAUCACAGACUCGGGGAACCUGCCUAUGGUCAACACGUCGUACCUGCGGGUCAAGGUGUGCCAGUGUGACCACAACGGUGACUGCGUGGACAUGGAGCGCAUUGUGGCUGCAGGCCUGGGCACCGGUGCCAUCAUCGCCAUCCUGCUCUGCAUCAUCAUCCUGCUCAUCCUGGUUCUCUUGUUCGUGGUGUGGAUGAAGCGGCGGGAUAAGGAACGGCAAGCCAAGCAGCUGCUCAUCGACCCUGAGGACGACGUCCGGGACAACAUCUUGAAGUACGACGAGGAGGGAGGUGGCGAAGAGGACCAGGAUUACGACCUGAGUCAACUCCAGCAGCCGGACACGAUGGAACCCGACACCAUCAAACCCGUCGGCAUCCGGCGUCUUGACGAGAGGCCGCUGCACCCCGAGCCACAGUACCCUGUUCGGUCCGUGGCACCCCACCCUGGAGACAUCGGCGACUUCAUUAACGAGGGACUUAAGGCUGCUGACAAUGACCCCACAGCCCCGCCCUACGAUUCCCUGUUGGUGUUCGACUACGAGGGCAGUGGGUCCACGGCAGGAUCCCUGAGCUCCCUCAAUUCUUCGAGCAGUGGGGGCGACCAGGACUACGAUUACCUCAACGACUGGGGGCCGCGCUUCAGAAAGCUGGCCGACAUGUAUGGCGGGAAUGACGACUAGCAAGGAACACGGCAGGCAAAGGGGAAAAAAAUCAAUGGUGAAAAUAAUAAUGAAUCAAAAAAUAAAAAGAAGAAAAAACGUGACAUAUUUUCUUUUUUGUGGGACGUGGACUCUUAAAACCGAAUAUUCCCGAACGAGUGCUCGAGCAGCAGUGGGUAAAAGGAUACGAGAGUGAAGCUAGCUAAAUAUUGUCGUCUUCUCACGCGUUCGCUUGUUGAAGGCUUUUGCCCAGGCCACUGUCUGGCUCCAGGGUCAAAGGCUGCACCAGAGGACUGUCGGUUCGGUGUUAAGAUCGCCCAGUUACACUUGAAUUACACAGUACAGAAGCACUGGGAUUUAACGUGCCUUUUUGUACAUUUUUGGAUCCGAAUGAUUAGUUUUAUGUUUGAGGCUUUAAGGGUACUGACUUUUUUUUUUUUCGGUGAUUUCCAAAACGUGUUCAAUUGUUCGCUCCACAUGCUGUUUUUGGUUAAAGUCGCGAAGUUGAAAUGUUCGUUGGCGACAGUUAUUUCAGAUCAUUAUGCGCAGUCAGAGACCAACAAAAGAGAGGUUCGGCAACAAAAAAAAUCUAGACAAUGUACAGUUCACUUCAUUAAUAUUUUCUUUUUUUUCCAGCGAAAAAAAAUAAGCAGAUGUUUGCAAAUUAAGGGAGUCAUGAAUGCUAAUUUUGUAGAGGAAUAACUGUUUCUUUUCUGGAGUGGUGUAGUAUUUUACACAAGUGUUUAUUUUGUUCCGAUAUACUUCAGUCAUCCUAUGUGUUUUUUUUUUUAUUUCACCUUCUGUAAAAAUGUGUGUACAUACUUUUUUUCUUUUUUUGUCAUUGACUUCAAAGGAGUGCAUAAAGUUCAAAACUUGUAUAUGUAUAAUUUGGACUACAGAAGAAAGUUUUUGCAUGUUUCUAUCUUUUCACUAUAAAAACGUAUUUCCAAAAUUUAUUUA